AUGACAGACCUCCUAGAACAAGUGGUGCAUCCAGACUAUUCAUCAGAAGACGUGAACAAUGUCUUUUCUAAUAAACCUUUGGGAAAUUUACAGAAUGAACCCAAGGAUAUCAAUCAGGCUUUUUUUUCAAUACAAAAGCUAUACCAAACACAAUUAAGGGGAUUCUGGGAGUUAGCCAGCUUAAGACACUAUAUCGAACAAAAAUUGGUACCCAGAGGCCUUAGACCUGACAUUCUGCUACCUGACAAAGUUAAGACUGAUGAACAGCUAGCAGAAUGGAACUCUAUCCUUUUAGAUUGUUCGGCCAAAAUUAUGCAGUUUUUAAUCCAAUUGGAACAACAACAUUUGGAUAAAACCAAUGGGGAAUUAGAUGUUGAAAUCAAGAACAUCAGGGUUUUUGAUAAAGAACCUAGUUUUCCAGCCAUGGAGAGCAAGCUGAGUAAGAACUUAGACAAUUUUAAAAGAAGUAUUAGACAGAAGAAACAUUACAAAUUUCAAAGGGAUUUUAGGGAUUUUCAGGAAGGAAAUAUCUUUAGAAAUAAGAACAAAAGGAGAUUUAAUGCCAACAAAGCAUACAAUAAAGGUUUUUCCUUUAUGAGAUGA